AGUGAAGACUCCUUAUUCUUACUUCGUGAGGACUACAAAAAAAACAACCAUAACCUAAUUUAUUAUUUAUAUAUUUUUUCCACCCGGGUGCGUAUUUUAAUCGUUUUUUCCAAUUUGUUUUUAAGAGAAUUAAAUUUGUUUAAUUAAAUACUCAUAAGCCGUGUCUGUGAGUAACGACAAAAAGAAAAUAUUAAAUUUUUCCAGAAAAAUGAUUAUCGAGAUGUCUACUGAGAAUCGUUUAAACGAAAUAAGUGAAAAUGAAUCAGGAACCGAUAGUGAAUCUAGACAUAGUGAGAAUGAAAUGGAAAGUGAGACGGAAAAUGAUAAAUUAACAUCAAAAGAAGAAGAAGAAGAAGAAGAAGAAGAAUUAGAAGAUAAAAAUGAUAAAAGUAAACAAAAUCCUGGUUGGGCAGAUGCGAUGCGAAAAGUUUUAAGUAAUAAAAAACCAAAGAGAAAAAAAUCUAUUGUACUGUCAAAAGCAAAGAAACAUUGUAAUAAUGAAUUAAAAGAAACAAAAGAGAAAAUUUCCUUUGAAAUUGAUAAUGCAAAUGAAACACCAAUUGUUAAGGAAACUGAAAAAGAAACCGACGAAAAGAAACGUAUCAAAAAAACAUUAAAAUCAGGAAUUAGAAUAAAACCAUCAAUUUUGGAUCGUGAAAGAGAAAGGAUACUACAAAAAAUUGCAACCAAAGGUGUUUUACAAUUAUUUAAUGCAGUGAAACAGCAACAAGUUGAUAUUGAUAAAAAAUUAGUUAAAGCAGGACCAUUGGAGAGGAAACGUGAAAAAGUUUUAAAGGACAUUGAUAAAAAAGCAUUUCUCGAUGUACUUAUGGGUGGAACUAAAAGUAUACAAGUUGAUAAAUGUGCAAAUGAAUCGGCAGAGAAAAAUGAAACAUCGGAAAAAAAUGUUUGGAAAGUCUUAAGGGAUGAUUUUGUAAUGGGAGCAUCAUUAAAGGAUUGGGAUAAAAAGACACCAAUUAAAGGAAACAGCGAUAGUGACGAGUAAAUUUACAAAAAUAAGAAAAAGAAAUAUUUUAUUAUUGUUUUUUUAUACAUUCAUUAAGAAUAAAAAUUUAUAAACAA